AUGAAAUUGCUUAAUGAGAAAAAUGAAAUUCCAAUUUCUAUGUUACUUGUAUUACAUCUUUUAUCUGUACGUGAACAUGGUGAUCCACAUUUACGUGGUGCAUGUGCAAAUUUACUUGCUAAAUUAAUUCAAACAACAUAUGAUGAACUUCGUUUACUUAUACAUUUCUUAAAAAAUCCAUUUAUAUUACAUGAUCUUAACAAUUUAGAACUGUUACUCGAUAUUAUUAAUUUAAUCUUUUCAAGCUUAUCAAAUCAUGCAAAUGAUAUGAAUGGUAUUCAAUCAGCAGAAAUUAUUUUUCAUAUUUUAUCUACGUUUGCUGGUGUUGUUGAAGAUGCAACGAAUGGAAAAGAUCCAAAUAAUAUUAAUCAUACAAAUUCAAUGACAUCCAAUAAAGAUUCAUUAAUAACAUCAAAUACGGACAAAGAUUUAAAAACAAGACUUAAUGUUACACAAUUUGGUAUUUAUGGAAAUAAUCCAUCAAUGAUGAAAUUCAUCGGAAAAUGA